AUGAUCGCCACUGCACUCGCAUUGGGAGCACUCGCCGCACCGCUCGUGGCCGCUACGUCCUAUCCGCUCAAGGACUCUUGGUCGGGCGACGGAUUCAUUGACGGAUGGGACUACCCCGCUGCCACCUACGACAACACCACCAGUGGAGAUGUCUUCUGGGCCACUUCCGCCAACACUUCGCUCAUCUACGUCAACGACGCUGGACGUGUGGUUCUCAAGGUUGACAACACGUCUACUGUCGCAUACAACGAGAAGCGCUAUGCACCCGAGCUCAUCUCCAAGACGGGCUAUGCCGCCGGUACCGUCUUUGUCAUGGACGCCGUCCACCUGCCGUACGGCUGCUCGGUCUGGCCCUCAUUCUGGACGCAGGGUACCGACUGGCCCACCAACGGUGAAAUCGACAUUUUCGAGGGUGUCAACUUGCAAACGACCAACCAGAUGGCGCUGCACGCCGAGGGUAACGGCUGCUACGCCUCGGACUCGGUGACCUUUUCGGGCUCCAUGCAGAACACCAACUGUUCGACCUCGUACAACUCCAACGAGGGUUGUUCGGUGCUGGACAACAGCACGGCCAGCUACGGUGCCGCGUUUGCCAGUGCUGGUGGCGGUGUCUUUGUCGCCGAGUAUGCCGAGGAGUGGAUCAAGAUCUGGUUCAUCACGCGUGACAGCGUCCCCAGCUCGCUCAGCUCGAACGCGACCACCAUUGACACCGACGACCUCGGCACUCCCUCGGCAUACUACCCCUCGUCGACCUGUGACAUUGACACCUACUUUGGCGACCAGCGCAUGACUCUGGACAUCACCCUGUGUGGCUCGUGGGCCGGAACCGCCAGUGUCCUGGAGGAGACUUGCGACGCGCUCGUUGGGGACGCGACAUGCUACACCACAUAUGUCGAGGGCACCCAGACUACCACCUACGCGAACGCCUACUUUGAGAUCAACUACGUCAACGUCUACACCAACGCCUCGACCUCGACGAGCAGCUCCAGCAGCUCGGCCGCGAGCUCGCGCAGUGUGGUGCAGUAUGGCGCGGUCGCUGGCGUCGCCGCCGCCGUCAUUGCCCUGCUCAUCUAA